CUUUAUUUUCAAAACACGGUCCUUGCAUUACCGACGUUCUUUUAACUCCAGCACCAACAUGGGUAUAUCCAGAGACAGCUGGCAUAAACGCCGUGCCACAGGUGGUCGAAAGAAGCCGUUGACCAAAAAAAGGAAGCAUUGUUUGGGUCGACCAGCAGCCAACACCAGGAUAGGGGCAAAGCGCAUCCACACAGUAAGAUGUCGCGGUGGAAAUUUAAAAUUUAGAGCCAUGAGAUUAGAUGCUGGAAAUUACUCGUGGGGCUCAGAAAGCAUCACCCGGAAAACCAGAAUUUUAGAUGUGUUAUAUAAUGCCAGUAAUAAUGAAUUGGUCCGUACAAAAACUUUGGUGAAGAAUGCCAUUGUCCACAUUGAUGGGGCUCCUUUUAAACAAUGGUUUGAAGCCCACUAUGGUGUUGCUAUGGGACGAAAAAAGGGAUACAAAGCUGCUGAUGGUGAAGAAGAUGUGUUAAACAAAACUCGGUCACAUUCAGCGCAACGAAAAAUUGACGCCAGGAAACCUGGUUCCAAAGUUGAGCAACAUCUCGAGGAGCAGUUUACUAGCGGGCGAGUAAUGGCAUGCAUCUCUUCUCGACCCGGUCAAAGCGGGCGUUGCGAUGGAUAUAUCCUAGAAGGAAAAGAAUUAGAUUUUUAUCUUAAAAAGCUCAAGACGAGAAAGGGCAAAUAAAUUUCUAAAUGGAGUAAA